UCGUUCAUUUACGGUAUUCGACGCCGCACGGUGACGAACUCAGAAGUUAACUCGUCCAGCACUUUGAUUCUUGAAAUCAACACAAAUGGUACAUCCAGACAUCUAAUAUAAGCCCAAUAAUUAAAUAAUGAUCAAAAAGGAUACUCUGACGGAUUCGCGACGUUUUGCACGGGAGUGUUUGGGAACGCCUCCCCUCGCACACAAAAAACAAACUGCACCCCACAAACAGUUCAAACUGAGCUGGUGCCGCCUUGUGCCAUCUAAACUACCAGACUUGCCCGUUCACGCCACGUCGAAUGAGUGCGCAAGCUCAGUAGAAUUAUGUAAACUUCGCCAAACUGUCCUCCUCAUUGAAAUCAUCGUACAGAAGAUAUAUUAUCAUCAAGAAUUGAAACCGGAAUUGCAUUGAGUUUCGUUUCCUGCUUUUGUCGCUACAAAAUGCGUUUUAUAAGAGAGAGAUGCACUUUUGUCAGCUUUGCCGAAGGACAAGGGAAGUGAAGCUCUGGUUUUCUGAAGUCUGGAUGUCACGGCUAUUAGGCAACGGCAGAAUUUGAUUUUUGCAACAAUGCGUGCCCAUCUUCCCUGUCCCCUUACAUGGGUCCUCGUCGUAUGUUUUCUCAUGGGAGGACUGGGCUUUUGCACGGCCACCCACAGGAAUACUUCCUGCUACGUGCACAAACGUCGAGCUGACUGCAGCCACCUCAGUCUGGAGGCAGUCCCUCCAGACCUUCCUGGGAACAUCCUCAGCUUGGACAUGUCUCACAACAGACUGAAGGGGAUUCCCCCUGCGAUGCUGAAGCCGUACCCUGACCUCCUAAACCUUGACGUCAGUUACAACAGCAUCACCAGGCUGGAUGGGGGGCUAUGUCAGACACUGCCUCAGCUGCAGACCCUGCACCUGCAGCAUAAUGAAGUGCACUUACUGACGAAAGCGGAUCUGAGCCACUGCUCCAGCCUGACACAGUUGAAUAUGGCCAGCAACAGGCUGAAGUUAGAAGGAGAGCCCUUCUCUGCACUACAGACCCUGAAGUUCCUUGAUGUUUCCUUAAACAAACUGCAGUCGCCCAAGCUCGGCUCUCAGCCCCAGCUGCCCAGCCUGGUGGAGCUCAGGUUGGCAUUUAAUAACUUCAACGCUCUGAGGAGUGACGACUUUUCCUUCCUUAACGAGUCGUCCUUUCUACGCGUCCUCAACCUGUCAUCUCUAUCGCUAAAGACGAUUGAAACUGGUUGCUUCAAGCCAAUUUCGGGCCUACGCACUUUAAUCCUAGACGGGAGCAAUAUGGACCCUCUGGCCAUUUACACACUCUGCUCUGUGCUGUCAGGGACAAACAUCGAUUCCCUGUCUCUGCGGAAGAUGAAACUGGUCACACUGACAAACACAACAUUUAAAGGUCUGCAGGAAACCAGUCUAACCUUUCUGGAUCUUUCCGAGAAUGGCAUGAUUAAAAUCGCGGACGGUUCAUUUCAGUGGGUGCCCAGACUUGAGACCCUAAUUUUGUCAGACAACAAAAUCAAACGCCUAACCAAGGGCACUUUUCAGGGGCUCAAAAGUUUGAAAAUGCUCCAAUUGAGUAAAGCUCUUGUAAAAAGUGACAAGUCCGCAACCCCAAUUAUUGACGAUUUCUCUUUUCAGCCAUUAAAAGCCCUGGAGACUUUGAUAUUACGCGGAAAUGCAGUCCGGGGUCUCACAGAGCACACUUUCACAGGUUUGACAAGUCUUACAGUGCUUGAUAUAAGCCGGUGCACUUGUGAAUCACUCAGAAACAUCGGCAACAAGACCUUCGUCUCACUGGCAGACUCCCCACUCAGAUCUCUAAAUUUGACUUACACCGCCAUAAAAGAGCUUCAUCCUGGAAGCUUCUCUGUUUUCAGAAACCUCACCACUCUUAUGUUAGAUUUCAACUUUAUCACAACAAAUCUGACUGGCAAAGAAUUUGAAGGCCUGGAUCAGAUCCAAGAGAUUCACAUGACAAACAACUAUCAGUCACUUAACCUGAACUCUGAGUCGUUUUCUUACGUUACUGGUCUUAGAGUUCUGACUUUGGGCAAAAGUCUUAAACCCUUAGCCUUGAACAUGGAGCCUUCUCCUUUUAGACCCCUGUCCAAUCUCACCUACUUGGACCUUAGCAACAACAACAUCGCUAACAUCAGAGAGAGUUUGCUGGAGGGGCUUGGAAACCUCAAAGUAUUGAAACUCCAACACAACAAUUUAGCCAGAGUGUGGAAGAGUGCCAACCCCGGUGGGCCACUGCUGUUUCUCAAAGACACAAAGAACUUGAUAAUCUUACAUAUGGAUUAUAAUGGACUGGAUGAGAUCCCGGAGGAUGCUUUGAGAGGUCUGAGUAACCUCAGGGAGCUUAGCCUCACAUGCAAUCUCCUGAACAACCUGAAGGACUCGGUUUUUGAUGAUCUGACCUCACUGCAGGUUUUAUACUUAGAGAAGAACCUGAUCACAACUGUGAGGCCUGAAGUGUACAAAACUCCUAUGAGCAACCUCAGCCGGCUGAGCAUGGGCAAAAAUCCAUUUGACUGUACGUGCGAGAGCAUCCUGUGGUUCGUGACGUGGUUGAAUAACACAAAUACGACCUACGUGCCAGGUCUCAGGGACGAGUACAUGUGCAACACUCCGCUGACUUACUUUAACCGCACCAUCCUGGAUUUCGACCCCGAGUCUUGCAAAGAUAUGACACCCUUUCAGGCUCUUUAUAUACUGAGCAGCACAGCUGUCAUCACGCUGAUCGUGACUGCCCUUCUAGUGCGUUUCCAGGGAUGGAGGAUUCAGUUUUAUUGGAACGUACUGAUCAACCGCACGUUGGGGUUCAGUGACGCCACGGCGGGAGAGGGACGAGAAUACGAGUACGACGCGUACGUCAUUCAUGCGGAGAAAGACGCCAGCUGGGUGGAGAGAAGGAUGGUCCCUCUUGAGAAUGAAAGGUGCCGGUUUUACUUGGAGAAUCGAGAUGCAGUCCUCGGCAUGCCACAGCUCGAAUCCAUUGUGGACAACAUGAGAAAGUCCAGGAAGAUAUUGUUUGUCGUCACCGAAAGUCUUCUCAAGGAUCCCUGGUGUAGGCGGUUCAAAGUCCAUCAUGCUCUUCACCAGGUCAUCGAAGCCAGCAGGGAUUCGGUGGUUCUGGUCUUUCUGCAGGAUGUGCAUGACUAUAAGUUGUCUCGCGCGCUCUUCCUCCGCAGGGGCAUGUUGCGUUCACGCUGCGUCCUGGACUGGCCUGUCCACAAGGAGAGGGUGACGGCGUUUCACCAGAAGCUCCUCAUUGCGCUCGGCAUGACUAAUCGAUUGAAGGACUGACCUUGAUUCAGAUUCCAUCUGGAACCAUAAUUACCAAUGCUUGCACAGUUCAGUUUGGUGGACAUUCUGCUGCUGUACUAAACAUUAGAACUUUGCAAAAAGGACACUGCAGACACACACACUAAUACUGACAUUGCGAUGGUUAAAAAAUCCCGUUGAGUUUUGUAUUUGUUCAUACAAGUUCAACUGUUACAUAUUUGGGUAUUUUACAUUUCAGAACACAUCGAAUACAUAUACAAUACAACAUA